ACGUAUAUAUAUAUAUAUAUAUAUAUAUAUAUAUAUAUAUAUAUCUUUCUUAAAGUAGCCAAAGUUGAUAAAGAAAUUAAACACAAAGAUGAUGAACUACUCAUGCGGCUGCCACACCCUUGUCAUGCUACUUUUGAUCAUCGUGGCCGCAGGAGAGAACAACCCUUUGUUGGAGUUAUUAUCAAAUAGAGAUGAAGUGGUGCAGAUUGCUGGCUAUGGAGAGGAGAAGCUAUCCACAGUCCUCAUCACAGGUUCUGUUACUUGCCAGCCACAACACCAACCUCAUGCAUGGCCACUACAAGGAGCUUGGGUUGGUUUGAAGUGCCACAGCCAUGGGAGAAAGUGGAAGGGGAAAGGGUCAGUGGUAGCUAGAGGUGUAACUGAUGAAUUUGGAGAGUUCAUAAUAGAUCUUCCUUCUCAGCUUCAUGCUGUUCCUAACUUGGAAAAGGUAUGUUCGGUAAAAAUUGAUCGGAUUCCAAAGCGGUCAUUUUGUCGAGCAGUUGGUGUGAAGAAACAGAAGGAAUUGAGUCUCUAUUCCUUCGGCAAUGGCAUACGCACUUACAACGCUGGAAACAUAAGGAUCUAGCAUGCCACUUAAUUUCCAACAUCAAUCUUCAACCAUGCCUCGUUACGAUGGCGCUUAUAGUCACAGUAUUGGGUUGCAUGCGUUGCUUUUAAAUGUCUGUGCAUACUACAUUCUCUUUCACUUUUGUAAAAGAUGUUGUUUGUGAAAGACCACUGUUUGGUCAUGUAGUUGAGAAGUUCUAGGAAUUGUAAUAUACUUCAUACUAUUUUUCAAAGCAGUUAUUCCCACUUGCAAUAUCCAACAAGGGGAUCUUGAAAA